UUCCUAAAGUGUCCGCGGGAGGGCGGAGAUAAAAAAAAAAAGGGGUGGAGAUGCUGAAAAGGGGUUAAGAUCGCCCCUUAAGAUGGAUAGGGGUAGGGACUGUCAUCUGAAAGAAAGAAGACAAUGAGCUCGAGCGAUGGUGCUCUGCAAACUUGUGCCUAGUCUUAGCCUGGCAGCGCCAUCCUUACCAGCCUGCUGCCCCGGAGAACAAUAGGGAGAUAACGAGUGAUCCGGGGAGGAGAACACACCAGGGAGAAGCCUCUGCUCAAUGAGACCUGAAGGAACCUCCGGCCAUAGGAAAUGCUGGGAUGAGAAGUUCCUCACACCGCUUCCUCCUGUGAUCACAGCUACAGACUGACUUAUCCUUGUACUGGGUAUACAGGGCUGUAUAAAUGGACACUGAUAUGGACUACGAACGACCCAAUGUCGAAACCAUCAAGUGUGUGGUCGUUGGGGACAAUGCAGUGGGCAAGACACGGCUUAUCUGCGCCAGAGCUUGUAACACUACAUUAACUCAGUACCAGCUGCUGGCCACCCACGUACCGACAGUAUGGGCAAUAGAUCAGUACCGCGUAUGUCAAGAGGUCCUUGAACGCUCGCGGGAUGUUGUGGACGAGGUGAGCGUCUCUCUCAGGUUGUGGGACACCUUUGGGGAUCAUCACAAGGACAGGCGUUUUGCCUAUGGAAGAUCCGACGUUGUUGUUCUGUGUUUCUCAAUUGCAAAUCCAAAUUCAUUAAACCAUGUGAAAACAAUGUGGGCUCAGGAGAUUAAACAUUUUUGCCCCCGCACACCUGUCAUUCUUGUGGGUUGCCAGCUGGACCUGCGUUAUGCCGAUCUUGAAGCUGUUAACAGGGCAAGGCGACCAUUAGCCAGACCGAUAAAACGGGGAGACAUUUUGCCACCAGAAAGGGGAAGAGAAGUUGCCAAGGAACUAGGGAUCCAAUAUUACGAAACCAGUGUUUUUGACCAGUUUGGCAUAAAGGAUGUGUUUGACAAUGCAAUUAGGGCCGCCUUGAUCUCCAGGAGACAUCUUCAGUUUUGGAAGUCCCAUCUGAAGAGAGUUCAGAGACCUUUACUGCAAGCUCCAUUCCUUCCCCCUAAAUCACCACCGCCAGUGAUAAAGAUACCCGAGACCAGUGAGUCUAACAUUAAUGAUGCUGGAGAUUUACUGGACAAUCCUUUGUGUGCAGAUGUCAUGUUUGUCCUUCAGGACCAAAAACGGAUCUUUGCUCAUAAACUUUACCUUGCUACCUCCUCUUCAAAAUUUUAUGACCUUUUUUUAAUGGAACAUGAAGAGUCUCAAAACCUCAUGGAAAGGUUCUGCAGGAAGGAAAAGCCUUCAAAGGAUUUGUUAUUGCGGACAUUAAGCCUUGACACGGACGAGGACACAGAUGGAACUUCCUUGAAACCAUCAAAUGCCUGUCUUCGGAUUUCAAAAAGCGAUGAUACUUUACUGACUUCAGAUUGUGACGAGGAAGGAUGUGUUGCUUUAUUGUCUUGGAGCAAAGGCUUUCAUAGUAUGCACCAAGAACUGAUGGUCAACCCAGUGUCUAAUAGGACUUGUUCAAUGACCGUGGUCCGAAUGGACUCCUCUGUACAGUAUGGGCCUUUUAAAACCGUAUUACGAUUUUUAUACACAGGGCAGCUAGACGAAAAUGAAAAAGGUUUGAUGAGAGUAGCACAAAUUGCAGAAAUUCUAGAAGUAUUUGAUUUGCGAAUGAUGGUAGAGAAUAUCACAAACAAAGAAGCCUUUAUGAACCAGGAGAUUACAAAAGCGUUUCACGUCAGGAAAGCAAAUCGAAUCAAAGAAUGUCUCUCCAAGUCAACGUUUUCUGAUGUAACAUUUAAAUUGGAUGAUGGAAGCAUCAAUGCCCAUAAGCCGCUUCUAAUCUGUAGCUGUGAAUGGAUGGCUGCAAUGUUUGGAGGUUCAUUUGUGGAAAGUGCAAAUAAUGAGGUCAGCCUACCUAAUGUAAGCAAAUCUUCAAUGCAAGCUGUGCUGGACUAUCUGUACACCAGGCAGUUGUCGUGCACGUCGGACUUGGACCCACUGGAGCUGAUUGCACUGGCAAAUAGAAUCUGCCUUCCACGUUUGGUGGCUCUGACCGAACAACAUGCUGUGCAGGCGCUGACCAAGGCUGCAGUGAAUGGGGUGGAUAUCGAUCAGGAAGUGCUAACCUAUCUGGAAAUUGCUCAGUUUCACAAUGCACAUCAGCUGGCGGCCUGGUGCCUGCACCACAUCUGUACCAAUUAUAACAGUGUCUGCUCGAAAUUCCGGAAAGAAAUAAAAUCUAAAUCAGCUGAAAACCAGGAAUAUUUUGAGAGACACCGUUGGCCGCCAGUGUGGUACUUAAAAGAAGAAGACCACUACCAGAGAGUGAAGAAGGAGCGAGAGAAAGAAGACGUCAUCUUUAACAAACAUCGCUCAAGGCGCAAAUGGUGCUUCUGGAACUCUUCGUCAGCGGCCUUUGCCUAAGCAGUGACUUGAAGACACAUGUAAAUGAAUAUUGUCUUAAUGUUAAAAGAAGCUGUACAGUAGUUAACCUUGAAGCACUGACAUGAAUCCAUUUUAUUUUUUAUUUUUAAUAAGAUUAAAGCACAAUUUCACUUCAGGCAGGUCAAAAAAAAAAAGCUUAUCUUUAGCUGCCGAGGGUCGGUGCAGACCCUCGUGUAUCACAGGAGAACGGUUAAACACAAUGAACGGUCAUUAUGAUCAACGUAAACAUACAUAUCUAAGGAGAUAUAUGUGAUGUUCCGUACAGGGAUCUGUCUCAUUUUGGAGCAUAACCUCUCUAGUUAGACUAAGCCAAUACAUGGAGGAGUUGUAGUUGUAGAGCACACGCUCCAUCUCCUCUGCUAAUACUGUGUUUUUAAAAACUCAAUAUCCACAUUGUGUAGCAUCCAGGCUAGUGUGUCAAGCUAACCUCACUUAUGGAAAGCUCGACAAUCAUGUUUAAACCUGUCUGUGCAUACGUUUCUGCUUAAAGCUCUCGGAAACCAGAAAAUCUUCAGAUUCAGGUAUUUUUUUAAUUAAUAAUUUGCAUGAUCUUUAUAAUAAUCAGUCAAAGCAAUGCAGAAGACAGAAGUCGUUUUCGACACUUGUAGUAAGAAUUGCUCAUCUUUGUCCUUGCGAACCAAUAGUCGGACAUAGGGGUCAUUUAAGGGGUUCUCGAGUUUGGACAAUCUCUACUCCCAAGGGUCUGUUGACGAUAAUCAGAUCACAAAGUGUCCCUCUGCUGGGAGCUCUAGAAAUCAGCUGUAAUCCUAUCUGUGUGCUUUGUUUUCCUGCAGUGCCACAACAGGGGAAAUUAGGCAUUACACAAUGCUCAUUCAAAGUAAUAUGUUGUCUGUGUAAUACAGGACAGCAAAGGUCCUCCAGAGUAAGAGCCAUUCAUUGUAGUGUUCUUCGCUCUGGCUGAGAGGUGAUUGUCCUGAGUAGAGGACCUAUUCUUCUGACGAUUAACUCCUAAUUCUCCAAUCGGAUAUGUGAAAAUGGUUCUUCGAAACUGGACUACACCUCUAAUGUUGAACCUUACUCGACUCAAAAUCUGAAAAUAUAGUUGACAACAAUUAACCUCAGUAUUCAACUCUCUCCAUCUCACACUCAAAGUGAUCAUGUAAGCUGAAGUUGGCCAUUGAUGUCCCAAAACUUGCACCUGAUUCAGUGGCUGUGCCGAUAAUUGGCUUGUGUAAAGUGGGACUAUUGGCACUCUCAAAGACGUCUUAGUAUUCUACUGCACUACCAGUAUCUUAGGUUCUUCCAUCCACCUGGAGAGUAUGAUAUGGAGGGUAGAUUCAGGUUAAGUAUAAAGUUUUAGGUUUUAUGUGACGUUGGGCUUCUACUUUUGCGGUAUUCCUUGGAAAUCAAUUUAGUAUAUACAGUAACUUUCGAGGAAUAGAUAGCUAAUAUUAAGCGUAUAUUAAGAAGCCACUUUUCACUUUUUUUUCUGCCUAAAAGUAUGUCAACGUAGGAAUCAUUGAUCUGUAUAGCUCAAAGCAUAUUUAAAAUGGUCAGCUUCACCAAACAUCGGAUAUAUCCCAAUUUAAAAUGAAAGCCAUUUUCAUGAAAAAAAAAAGUCAAUCAACACUACAACCCAGCAAUGACCGGGUGUCCAUCUUCAUGGAGAACCAUAUAUCUACUGUCUUACUUGGAAUAUAACAAUAUUCUGUAUGUGAAAUGCCUAUGCUAGGUUAGAAUAUAAAACAUAGAAGGGCUUUAUUCACAGGGAUAUGCAGGGUACAUUUUAGACCCUACUUGCAAGAAAAUGUAUUGCUGUCAUUGUGACUUAAAAUAUGUACUUAUCUCAUGUGGUUUUCAUCCAUUUAUUACACAGUGGUCUUCCACCUUCUGUGUGGUCUAGUGGUGAUUUAAUGUGAACCUGUACAGAAUUUUACAAAAGUACUUUUACUUUAUAAUGUAUACCUAUGAAGAAUACAGAGAAUAUUGGUUCGAGUCACUUUCUCUUGGGGCCUGGAUCAUUCUCAGUCUCUUAAAGUUGUACAUUUAUUAAAGGGGUUAACCACUUUAAAAGAAUCCGGGCUGUAAGGACACCCAAGUCAAUGCUGUGCCACAGUAAUCAGACCUCUCAGCUCACAAGGCCCCCGGAUGCCCAUCUCCCAGCUAUGUAAAUAUCCCAACGCUGCUGAACCGCUGAGAACCGAAAUGGCAUUUGGUCAUGUGUUAUAAACACGUGACCUCUUUAUUACCCAUCCAAAGCCUCGAGCAGAAGACGAUGUGUUCAUGUGAUUAAACCACGUGACCUCCUUGAUUUUGGUUCUGCUGUGGUGGUGGGAUGCUUACAUAGCCAAGACAAGGGCCUCGUGACGAGCAGUAAGCUGAAAGGUACAGCGUGGACUUGUGCCCAUUCAGUCUGAAUUUUUUUUUUAAGUUGUCAACCCCGUUAAGUCCUCCUAGCCUCUACGCAAGGUGAAGGCUAGUGUGUGGCCUGGUAAACAUAACUUUGAGUACAGCCAGUCAUUUGGCUAGAAGCUUAUGACUUCACUUCACGUCUCGGUGAUGUCAUGUCUUAUUGUAUUGAUGCAAAACAGAGACAGUAUAUUCAGACCGAUCAUCUACACUGCAUAUACGCAAAUUCUUAAUCAGGUGGCUUCAUCAAGCCCAUUAAUGUUGUCAGGUUCACUUUAAAUGAUAAGGUUUUCUUCCAGGGUGUCACUUAUACUAUAGCCGGGUGGAUUUCAUAGCAUUUCAUUGAAACUGGGCCCAGGGUGGGCAUAUGAACCUCCCCUUUGUUACUUAGUGAAUAUUCUUCCUGUGUAUCAGUAUUUCCUUAUCUUCUCUUUCUUCACUUAUUUAAAUUGGUUGUUGUGUGAGUUUUCAGUGUUAAUUAUAUAUAAAAAAAAAAAAGAUAUUAAUAUUGUUAAGGAGGAUCAAAGCUGCUCCUGGGCCAAUAUAUCACAAUACAUAUUGUCAUAAUUGCUAUACAAUAGUCAUGCGCUAUUUAAGCCCGACAGAACCUAAUGUAAGGUGGACCACCCUUGUGAAGAGGCAUUAAAAGGAGAUUGUAAACUUAAAAUAUAAGUCCUAUAUGGAGACACCCCUGAUAACAUUCACAAAAUACACGUAUAACCUGGUCCCAUACAAUUCCAACCCUUCCAUUGUGCCUAUUAUCUCGAAAUUCUCGAAUUUGCAUAUAUACAGGAACCUAGGGUCUCCAUAUAAAAUAGUAGUUAUCGAGCAUCUGUGGGGUUCCUGAAGAUUCCCCAUGUGUUUGUGAAUGUUAUGAGCUAUUCUUUCGUAUAAAAUGUAAGGUAUUUUAGGCUUGGUGGCCUUUUAUGUGAAAAAUAAUCUCCUAGUCUGGUCCGUAUGUUUAUCCAUACGCUAAUGCAGACUAUGACUUAAUCACAAGUGUACUUGAAAUUAUAAUUGGAUACAAACGCUAUGUGAAAUGCCUCUAUGAAACAAUUUCUAUAGACUGCGUAGUGAAGAAGAUAUCGCCUAGUCUUGCAUUAUAUUGUAAAUCCAGUCCAGGUUAAAAUGUAACUUCAUUAUUAUUAUAAAUUCAUUCUGUAAACCGUGCACUAUGUAAUCUAAAAGUAUUGAUGUAACGUCACGAUACACCCGUCAUGUACUAAAGUUGUGCUGAGUCACAGCAGCCAAUCAGACGCUUGCUUUUAGGCCGUAACUGAUACCAGGCCAAUGAAGGAACAUUGCUGAUUGGCUGUUUGGUGUCAGCCAAUAGUUUUAUAGAUGGCAUAAAUCAUUUGUGGAAUUCUAAGUGCUCAUGUGUGAUCAAUCAAAAUCUGUGUCAAUGUGGGCAAGGCACACUGAGAAUCUGUCAAGGAAGGACCUAAUGCCACCGAUGCCGCCAUAAAUCAGUGCUGCAGACCUCAGGACCAUAUGCACCUACUGCAUUGGUCAUUUGAUUUACUGCAUCUGUGUGUGCGCACAGUUAAAGAGAAUCUGUCAUGAGGAUGAACUCCAUUAAGCCAGGCACUCCCUGGUAGGGCUGAUCCUGCUGGUUAAAAUGAUAUCUGUCUUGUGAAAACCGGUUGUGGUGUUCCAGAGAAAAAUACUUUUAUUCUUUAUGCAAAUGUGGGCUUCUGUGCACUGAAGGGGCGGGCCCUAGACCUUCAAUGCACCGUAGCUUUCCAGUGCUGGCCACUCCCCUCAGUGCUCUGAAGCCCUCAAUUGUAUAAAAAA